UAUAAAAGCUGGGUUUGGUCCUCUGUUUCAUCUCUAACAUUGAAGACUCUUGAACAAUUAUCAAGGAUUCUAAUCUUGUUCUGGCAGCAGUUGUUCUACCAGUGUGAACUAGUAAUUAACAAGGAUCAGUUUCUCCUCCAAGUUAUCAAAAAAUUACUAUCAUCUAUGGAUGGUUUGAGCUGGGAUACAUCUCAAUUUGAAGCAAACACACCAAUCCUGUGGAGUACUAUUCAGCCACCAGCAGACUUUGAAGGAGGUUACUCCAUGCCCAAUGUUCUAAAUCAAAUACAGGAUUUGCAGAAAGCUGAAACGGGUCAUGCAGAUUCAAAUUCUGAAAGAGUGAUUUAUCAGUCAGCAGAUGCUACCACCACUUCUUCAGAGAUAAUGGAUGUGAUGCAAAUGCAAAGGCAAAACACAAAUCUUUUACAGCACGCACCAAGAAUGAUGAUGCCAGUGAAAUCAGGAACUGGAGCCAGUUGGGGAGAAGCUUUCACAUCUCAAUCAUAUCCGUCUCUGUCAGUCAAUGGACCUCAAAGUAUGAACCUGAUUAGCAACUACAUGCCGGAUUUCAACAUGGCCCACCAACAACAACUUGUCAAUGGCUCACAAAAUGGGAAGGGUGCUUGUUCUCUUGAGUCUUUUGACUGCUUGAUUUCAGCUACCAAUAGCAACACAGACACAUCUGUUGAAGAUGAUGAUGGCAUCUCAAUGAUUUUAUCUGACUGUAGAAAAAACUUGUGGAACUUCAGCUAUGGCAGUGCAGCUUCCACUGGUGAAUCUGAGAGUAAUGCUUCCAAUGGUAGAAAGGAGGACUUGAAGUGUCCGGUGAAUGAAGUUGAUGAAACAGUUUCUCAAAGCUCCUUGGAUAGAGGGAAAAAAGUACAAUCAAAGGCUGAUUGUUCAAAGAGGAGCCAUGAGGAAACUGAAAUGAUCAAAGUUGGUGGCACUGGCAGUGGUUCCUGCUUCAGUAUUGUGCAGAAUUGUUCUUCUGUUGAGGAAGGUGGAUUCAGACUCAUUGAUAAUCCAUCAAAAAGCAAGAAACCCAGAUGGGAGAAGAGUUCCUCUUCAAAUAACAUCAAUUUCCAGCAACCAAAUUCAUCCAUGUGUUCAUCCAUUGAGGAACCUGAUCCAGAGGCCAUUGCACAAAUGAAGGAAAUGAUAUAUAGGGCUGCAGCCUUUAGGCCUGUGAACUUUGGCUUGGAUGCUGCUGAAAAGCCAAAGAGGAAGAAUGUGAGAAUAUCAACUGAUCCACAAACUGUGGCUGCAAGGCACAGAAGGGAGAGAAUAAGUGAGAGGAUUAGGGUUUUGCAGAAGCUUGUGCCUGGUGGAAGCAAAAUGGACACAGCAUCAAUGCUUGAUGAGGCUGCAAACUACCUCAAGUUUCUCAGAUCACAGGUUAAGGCACUGGAAUGUCUAGGAAACAAAGUUGAUGCAAUGAAUUGUCCUCCUACAAGCAUUGCCUUCUCUUUCAACCCUUCUUUUCCCAUGCAAACAAUCCAUCAUUCCCAGGGUUGAUGUUGUUUUCUUACUAUCACCCCAUCAACUCUAAUCAUUUCGUUACCAAUCACAAUGAUUAACAUAUCUGAUCUUCAUUUUCUAGCCAAAGAAAACUCUAAUUAUAAUGACUUGUAUCAUUGCAUUGUAUUGUAUUGUAAUUGCCUUUAGUGUAAUCAUCAAUGACUUGUUUAGAAUUACAUAUCAA